AUGCCAUCUCAUUCAAAGACCUUGCAUUCUCCGGAGGGAUUACAAAACCUCGUCGCCCUCGUUUGUCAGCAGCAGGGGUGGCUUAGAAAAGGAACCUCUUUGUGCGCAGGUUCGUCGACACGUAGAGGUUGUCAAGAGGUUCCUCAUUCUCUGUUCAUCUACGACACUGUGAAGUCAUCUGAGGAAAAAGAAGGCAGCUACGAGCUCGUCCGUCCCGUCGACCGCGUGUGGGGAACAUCAACACCAAACGGGUCCUGGACCGGUCUUCUUGGAAUGUUACAGAGAGAAGAAGUGGAGUUCGCCCUGGGGCCCUUCGGCGUGACCCCGCAGAGGGACGUCGUGUGUGAUUUCUCCGAACCUGUUUACAGCGAGAACAAUGCCAUCCUAAUGGUUCGGCCGACGCUCCAGAGCGACAUAUCUGGCUUCUUAAAACCUUUUACUGCACAAGUGUGGCUGCUGAUCUUGGCAAGUGUGCUAUGCAUGGGCGUCGUCAUGGUGUGGAUGGUACUAGCAGAGGACACAAUUUUCAGGUCCUACACGAAGGGCGUCUUGGGCAAGGUUGCCAUUUGGGUGAUCAAAGCCUUUACUCAGGAAGGAUCGGAGUGGCUGCCGAAAGGAGAUGGAGGUCGCCUUCUGGUGACCACGUGGCUCCUGGCGUCGCUGGUGUUCAUGUCCUCCUACAGCGGCAUCCUGACCGCCAUGAUUACUGUGCCCAGAGUCACCAUUCCCAUAGACUCUCUGGCCGACCUUGUUGCCCAGGACGAUCUUACCUGGCGCCUCGAGAAAGGAUCGAUGAUGUUUCAGUACUUCCAGGAAGCGGAGGACGAAGUGCGAAGGAAGGUGUUCACCGGUAUGUCGGGAACUUUUCCUGACUGCUGGGCGGCUCGAGAGGCCAUUGCUAAAGGCGAGUUCGCAGCCAUUUGCGACAAGACCACCAUGAAGAAGGCCAUGUCAUGGGAUUUCAGCUCCAGCGGGCAGUGCCAUCUGUAUAUAUCUCGCGAGAACGUGUAUAGCAACGCGAUCAUAGCGAUGGCCUUCAAAACAAAUUCAAGCUACCUCCCCAAAGCAAACAGGAUUAUCCAACUAGUGAAGGAGUCAGGAAUCUUGUCUAAGUGGGUAGAGGAACAGAUCACUAACACGAGCCAGUGCCUCUUGCCUCCCUCGUCCGACCGGAGGGACGGCAUCGCCCCUUUGGACAUCGAGGAUUUGGCAGGACCCUACCUCAUUUUGGCUGCAGGCCUGGUUGCUGCUCUGCUCAUCUUCCUUCUCGAACAUUUGGCUUCUUACAAGAGGUGCAUCAACUAA